CAACUCGCUGUUUCAAUCUCUCUUUCUAUCUGAGAAGAAACGAAAGCCCAAAAGAGGCCUGAUUUUGUUUCUGUUUGUGGAAACCAGGUCUUGAAUCUACAAGUUCAUUAAAAAUUAAAACACAUUGUUCAAUUUAUUUAGAUCUGGAUUUCUGAUUGUUUCGGUUUGUAACCGAAUAAGUGUUUGUUUAUUUAUUUAUUUAUUCUCUCGAGGUUCGUCUUCAAGCUUCUUCCACAAUGAACGACCUCUUAGGAAAUUCUUUUGAGCUCCCUCGGAGUCAAAGUUCCAGAGGGGGAGAUAUUGAGUUAGGGGCACAAAUGAAUUCCGGAGAACUGGGCUUGGAAAGUUUCUUUAAAAAGGUUCAAGAGAUCGAUAAAGAAUAUGCAAAGCUUGAGAAACUACUUAAAAAGCUCCAGGAUGCACAUGAGGAGUCAAAGUCUGUGACCAAGGCUCCUGCCAUGAAAGCAAUCAAGAAGCGAAUGGAGAAAGAUGUUGAUGAAGUUGGAAAGAUUGCUCGUUUUCUAAAGUCGAAGAUUGAAGAACUGGAUAGAGAGAAUUUAGCCAAUAGGCAGAAGCCUGGGUGUGGAAAAGGAACUGGUGUAGAUAGAUCAAGAACUGCAACAACUCUAGCGUUGAAAAAGAAGUUGAAAGAUAAAAUGGCAGAAUUUCAGGUUCUAAGGGAAACCAUCCAUCAAGAGUACCGAGAGGUUGUUGAGAGGCGUGUUUAUACAGUAACUGGCGCAACUGCGGAUGAAGAGACAAUUGACAAAUUGAUUGAGACUGGAGACAGUGAACAAAUAUUCCAGAAGGCAAUCCAGGAACAAGGGCGGGGCCAGAUAAUGGACACCCUGGCAGAAAUUCAAGAGCGCCAUGAUGCUGUUAGGGAUUUGGAAAGGAAGCUUCUUGAGUUACAACAGAUCUUUCUGGAUAUGGCGGUAUUGGUGGAUGCACAGGGAGACAUGCUUGACAACAUAGAAUCUCAGGUGUCCAGUGCAGUAGAUCAUGUGCAAUCAGGAAACACUGCACUCCAAAAGGCAAAGAAGUUACAGAAGAGUUCCAGGAAGUGGAUGUGCAUUGCCAUUAUCAUUCUUCUCAUCAUUGUUGCAAUCAUAGUGGUUGCCGUGAUCAAGCCCUGGGUUAACCACAAGGGCGCUUAGCAGCUCAGCAGACUACAUUGUACAAAUAUGAUAUAUGCUUUCCUUCCGUAUACUUGUCCGACCCUUCUCGGAUCUGCUGCUCCUAUUCCUGUUACCUAUUUGAGGUCCAAUUUAGAAAACCUAGAUUCUCUUUGAUUGCUCAUCCUUUUUUGAUCAAGCAAACCUGAGUUCUUGCCAUGCCGAAUGACAAUUGUAAUGUACACCAUGUAACUUGAAGUACAUGCUUCCACAUUCUUUGAUGUAAUUUGAGAAAGUGAAAUGUUUUAUUAUUU